AUUUGUUUGAGACUGCUGAGGACUGACUAAUGAGGGGGCAAGAGUUCUGCAGCUUUCUCUCUCUCUAUCUGUCUGCCUCCACUGACUGGGGAUGGCUGUAGCAGAGCCUCUGAGUGCCCUUUCCCGCUGGUAUCUCUAUGCCAUUCACGGCUACUUCUGCGAGGUGAUGUUCACAGCAGCCUGGGAUUUUGUGGUGCACUUCAACUGGAAAUUUCCCGGGGUCACCAGCGUCUGGGCCCUGUUCAUCUACGGCACAUCCAUGCUGAUAGUGGAGAGGAUGUACCUCUACCUCAGGGACAAGUGCUGCACCGCUGCCCGGUGCCUCAUCUACACCGUCUGGACGUACAUUUGGGAGUUCUGCACGGGCUACAUCCUGCGGCAGUUCGACGCCUGCCCGUGGGACUACUCGCAGUUCGAGUUUGACUUCAUGGGGCUGAUCACCCUGGAGUACGCCAUUCCGUGGCUCUGCGGCUCCUUCCUCAUGGAGAAGCUGGUCAUCAGGAACACGCUGCGCCUGAGGUUCGACCGCCCCCGGGACGCGGCGGCAGCGGCGGCGGCGGCGGGAGCAGCGCCGACAGCCUGGUGCCCCAGCGCCCUGACCAACGGGCACAUCAACACCGACUGACCCUCCCCUCUCCUCUCCUCCGAACCGAUCUGUGGAGGGGCGGGAAGAUGAGGACAGAAAUGAUGGCGCGGCGAGGAUGGCUGAAGGAGCGACAUUUCCGCGUCCACAGAGGAUGGAGGAAAGGCAGACUUAACGGGCGGACGGUGCCGCUUGGAGCAAUUCCCCCGCCCCCGUGUUGACGUCAGGCGGCCAGUGCUGGAUGCUGAUUGGCCGGGACAGCUGUCACUCAGGUCAUUUGAACCCAGCGGCACGAGCUCGGACCGUUGUUUCCCGCUCGCUCAUGGUAACGGCUCAAU